CCCCGGUCAUUUAUGGCUCCAGCAGAGCAGAAGCGGAACCGAACCCGCCUCCUGUGGUUCUUAACUAGGACCAAACCACAGCCGUUAGCCGAACACCUCAACCCGGCGACGACGAACCGACAACCAGAACCAGCACCGGCCGGAGAGCAUGGGAAACACGGCUCGGAGGCUAAGUAGACCUCGACGCAGCUCAACCAACAAGGGGUCCCUGCAGUUUGAGGACAAGUGGGAUCUGAUGCGGCCCAUCGUCCUCAAGCUGCUCAGACAGGAGGCGGUCACCAAGCAACAGUGGUUCGACUUGUUCUCAGAUGUUCACGCUGUGUGUCUAUGGGACGAUAAAGGACCAGCCAAGAUCCACCAAGCCCUCAAAGACGACAUCCUCGACUUCAUCAAACAAGCACAAGCUCGAGUGCUGAGCCACCAGGACGACACCGCCCUCCUUAAAGCCUACAUUGUGGAGUGGAGGAAGUUCUUCACCCAGUGCGACAUCCUGCCCAAACCCUUCUGUCAGCUGGAGAUCACGCUGAUGGGAAAACAAGGCAGCAACAAGAAAACCAACAUGGAGGACAGCAUUGUGCGCAAGCUGAUGCUGGACACGUGGAACGAGUCGAUCUUUUCAAACAUUAAGAGCCGCCUGCAGGAGAGUGCCAUGAAGCUGGUGCACGCCGAGCGUCUGGGUGAGGCCUUCGACUCUCAGCUCGUGAUAGGUGUACGAGAGUCGUAUGUGAACCUUUGCUCUAACCCGGAGGACAAGCUGCAGAUCUACAGGGAUAACUUUGAGAAAGCCUACCUGGACUCCACAGAGAGGUUCUACAGGACGCAGGCGCCGUCCUACCUGCAGCAGAACGGUGUCCAGAACUACAUGAAAUACGCAGACGGGAAGCUGAGAGAAGAGGAGAAGAGAGCUCUGAGAUACCUGGAAACACGUCGUGAAUGUAACUCAGUUCAAGCACUUAUGGAGUGUUGCGUGAACGCUCUGGUGACCUCGUUCAAAGAGACGAUCCUCGCCGAAUGUCCAGGAAUGAUCAAACGCAACGAGACCGUCAAGCUGCACCUCAUGUUUUCACUGAUGGACAAGGUUCCCAGUGGGAUUGAGCCCAUGCUGAAGGACCUGGAGGAGCACAUCAUCAAUGCUGGACUAGCAGACAUGGUGGCUGCUGCCGAGACUAUCACUACUGACUCUGAAAAGUAUGUGGAGCAGCUGCUGACUUUGUUUAACCGCUUCAGUAAGCUGGUAAAGGAGGCUUUCCAGGAUGACCCUCGCUUCCUCACUGCACGCGAUAAGGCGUACAAAGCGGUCGUCAAUGAUGCCACGAUCUUCAAGCUGGAGCUGCCCAUGAAACAGAAAGGGGUGGGAAUGAAGACGCAGCCGGAGUCAAAGUGUCCGGAGCUGCUGGCGAACUACUGCGACAUGCUGCUGAGGAAAACGCCGCUCAGUAAGAAACUGACCUCAGAGGAAAUCGAGCUGAAGCUCAAAGAAGUGCUCUUGGUGUUGAAAUACGUCCAGAACAAAGACGUGUUCAUGCGUUACCACAAAGCUCACCUGACCAGGCGCCUGAUCCUGGACAUUUCAGCGGACAGUGAGAUUGAGGAGAACAUGGUGGAGUGGCUGAGAGAAGUAGGAAUGCCUGCUGAUUAUGUGAACAAGCUGGCCAGGAUGUUUCAGGACAUCAAGGUCUCAGAGGACCUCAAUCAGGUCUUCAAGGAGAUGCACAAACACAACAGGCUGGCACUGCCAGCCGACAGCGUCAACAUUAAGAUCCUGAACGCCGGCGCCUGGUCCCGCAGCAGCGAGAAGGUUUUCGUCUCGCUGCCCACAGAGCUGGAGGACCUGAUCCCUGAGGUGGAGGACUUCUACAAGAGGAACCACAGCGGUCGGAAACUCCACUGGCAUCACCUCAUGUCGAACGGCAUUAUCACCUUUAAAAACGAAGUGGGGCAGUACGACCUGGAGGUGACGACGUUCCAGCUCGCCGUGCUGUUCGCGUGGAACCAGAGACCCAGAGAGCGAAUCAGCUUCGAGAACCUCAAGCUGGCCACAGAGCUGCCCGAUGCGGAGCUGCGCCGAACACUCUGGUCUCUGGUCGCCUUCCCCAAGCUGAAGAGGCAGGUGUUGUCUUAUGACCCCCCGGUGAGCUCACCCAAAGACUUCACAGACGGCACGCUCUUCUACGUCAACCAGGAGUUCUCACUCAUCAAAAACUCCAAAGUCCAGAAACGGGGAAAGAUCAAUCUGAUUGGUCGUCUGCAGCUGACCACAGAGCGAAUGAGAGAGGAGGAGAAUGAAGGGAUCGUUCAGCUCAGAAUACUCAGAACUCAGGAGGCCAUCAUCCAAAUCAUGAAGAUGAGGAAGCGGAUCAGCAACGCCCAGCUGCAGACGGAGCUGGUGGAGAUCCUGAAGAACAUGUUUCUGCCUCAGAAGAAGAUGAUAAAGGAGCAGAUCGAGUGGCUCAUCGAGCACAAAUACAUAAAGAGGGACGAGGCGGACAUCAACACCUUCAUCUACAUGGCCUAGGCAGCGAGGAUGGAGCGUGUGUUUUGCUGUUUUUUACUACUGGCCUGCAUCUGGCGCUUUAAAACCUGUGAGAUUAGAUGGACUGAAAGGAUGUGUUAGAAGAAGAGGAGGGCCUGGUGAGCGCUGAAGGACACAGAAGAGCCUGUUCAACAAAAGUGUGGCUAUUGUUCGUGUUUGUGAGACGCCCGUGUGUUACCCGAGUGUCAUUUCAAGCCGUAGCGUUGAGUCAUCUGGCCGUGUGUUUGUCUCUGCUGCCCUCUAGUGUCUGCUCAGAGGAGAGGAACGGCGGUAUGUGCCGUCCACCAGCAGCCCAGAAGAAGAAGAAAAAAAAAUACUGAUGUAAUUGAAUACUUCCUGCCUUACUUUCAUCAGCAGCGGACCGCAGAGGAGGAGUUAGGGCGGAAAAAAGGACGACAAAGCUCAGAUCGGUCCUUCGCUGUCACUUGAUGCCACGGCUGCCAUCUUUGUGGCAGCCAUUCUGCAUCCCUCCUGCUCUGCACCGAUCGAAUCUUUGACGAGGGAAUGCAGAGGGAACCCUGCCAUCGAGGAGAGACGAGUUCAAACUACCGAGGAGUAUUUUGCCAAAUUGUGUGUGUGUGUGUGUGUGUGUGUGUGUGUGUGUUUGAGUGCAUGGUGUGUAUCUGAUCUUUUAGGUGUGUGUGUUUGUGUGCACUUUCAACAGCAUGCUGCUCUGUUUUUUUUGCCCUUCAGUGGAGAAUCUGUCACACUUUGGGGUUGUAUCUUAAAGGGUUGUAAUUCCAGUAUUUAGAUUUGGAUCCCCUCACCUGGCUGCAGGUGCCGUCUUUGCAGAGCCUCAAGAACAAAACGAGAAAGUGUAACUGCCCCAGUGUGUGAACUCUGGCCUGCACAAGCUCAGAUUGAAGCUCCACGACUAAAGUUUUACCUCAUUAAUGCUUCGAGUGCCCUUUUUUUUGCACAUUGGAGCACGCAGCUGCUGAAAUGUUUUUCUCCGAGCUCUGAACGAGCUGCUGGUUUUUGGGUCUUUUCCCAAAGCCGAACACUGUCUGAGUUACUGUGAUGUUCACACGGCUGACGUGACGUGUGUGCAGAAUCAAACCCACAGCACACAGAAAUAACCCUCAGCUCAUAAACCUUCAUAGUGUUUGAAGCAAAACAGGUUUAGUCAGGAACUCUCACGACUCUGCAGCCAUUACUUUAAUUCCAGUGAUCACAGGACAUAAAGCUGCAUGUGUACAAUCACCAGGUGAUCUCCGUGUCACAGGAAGCUCUAAGACAGGUGACUUUACCUCAAGAUACAGUUUUAAAAGCUUUUCCCGCUGUAAGCUGAACUUUGGCUGUGCCGACACGAUCGUUUCUCAUCCCACCUGAGCUCUGGUCUCCGUGCUAAUUCAUGUUGUAGAUGCAGUAAAACAGGAGGAAACUUCCCCCGUCUUUGUUACGAUAACGAGUAAAGGGAGACGGCGAGCCUCUAGGAGUACGGCGAUGUUUUAGGGCGACUGAAAAAAAAAUAUUCACAGGCUGUCGGGGGUUAAAAUUCAGAGGAGGAACGUCGUCGUUUUAGAGAUUAAAGCUGUAAAAUUACAAAGGAAAAAGCGUCACAUGACCUCAGUGACCUGCAGGCCAAAUAUGCAAGUAAAUGAUCCCCAGCGUGUUGUAGAGCUGAUCCACGUAAGGCUUUAAACACUCACAGGGAACCAUUACACUGUAUAUAAUUAUCAUAACCCCCCCACAGAGUGAGACCUCAGACAAAAGGCUUGUGUCCCGCGUCUGAGCGUUAACGAAUUUAGACCUGCACUGCAGUAACCACGAGGUCUCAUACAGUAAACCGCUGAGGCUGUGCUGCCAUAUUUGAUGCUCAUCUUUGCAGUCUUUGCUUUGGUGGAGGGCAGCAGAAAUGCCUCUGCACAGGAAACGAGUUCUUCUGUUUGUCCUGUGGUGAUUUGGCUCUGCAGGCUCUGCGUUCUCGCGCUGACUGACAGAGUGGAAAUGAGUAGAUUCGUUUGGUUACAGGGAGCUGAGGGCGCCGGCUGUCUCGCUGCCUCUUUGAUGUUUUCAUGUGUUUUAGCUCAUUCACGCUGGAUGGAGGCCGUUCAGUGAAAAAUUAAUCAGUGCCUCCCAUCCAUCACAAUCAGCUCAUUUUGGUUUGUUUUGAACAGUAAUUUUGGUAUAUUUAAUGAAGACAUGCUGAGGUUUGGACUGUUUCCAGCAUUUUGAGCCCUGAUAACAACUUUACACCCACUCCAAGUGUCACCGUCUAAACCGAACUCUAGAUUUGUUCAGCAUGAUUUCUUCUCCAUAGCCAGCUUUGAGCAUUAAUGUCAUUGCAUGCUGUGUGUCACAGUUUCAGUGGCAGAACUAAUUUAAUGGCUAUGAUGCAGAGUAAUGGAUGUAGGCGCUGGUGUCCCCGAGUUUAAUCAGUUCCGUCAGAGAAAGUCAAACAGAGCGUUUUGGGUGACCCUUCAGUGGGCGAUGGGCGGCUGGUUAAAACAGACGCUCUCCUUUUCCUCCAGCUGAGGUUCCUUCAUGUAAAAACUGGAGAUUUUUCUGUGGAGUGACGCUGAUCAGUUGCACUGGAAUCGUUUUGCUCUUGUUGAACUGAACUUCAUAUCCUGUGAGCAGUGAGGAGAAAGACAAUAGUGAAUGUGCAGGGGUGAUUUUUUUUUUUAUAUUUAUUCUGUAUUUAUGAGGAAUGUUACUUUUGUCUGUUUUUUUUCUUGUCUUAUUUUUGCAAAGCUGUCUGUUGCUGUCGCAGUACUGACUCAGACAGUACUGACUCAGACAGUACUGACUCAGACAGUACUGACUCAGACAGUACUGACUCAGACAGUACUGACACAGACAGUACUGACACAGACAGUACUGACUCAGUGCCACGCUCUCCUCUGUUUCAGCCUAAGAAAAGAAAAUGUUGCUCGAAUUUAUUUCACGUAACGAUUCAGCUGCAGUUUGGUUCAAGUGCUGAAGCACCUUUUAAGUUUGUUACUGCACCGUGGUGUUCACGAUGAUCCAAUUUACAUUUUACACACUAACAUGCAAAAAAAGAAAAGCCAGUUUUCUGAUUAUUGUAAACUCUUCUGAGAGCCGCGAGGCCGUCUGCCUUGUUUCACCUGAGAUGAAACAAAUGUCAAAUACAUUAUAUGCAGUUUUAUUCUCUAUGCACAGGCCUGGCUCACUUAGUUUUGUUCCUUUGUUUGCAGAUGAUACCCUGUUGUAUUGUUAACCACAUCUGAGAACACAGGAGGUCUUUAAUAAGUUCGUUCUUUGUGGGAUCUGUGCUGAGAAAAGAGUUGAAAAAGUGAUUUCAUUACAUUCA